GCCGCGCCUCUUUUUGCGUCGGGUUGUUUAAUAAAUGUUAGAUCAAAGCUGGUAAAAGCCAACCAACGUCCGUCUCGGAACUUCUGUCACACGACUUGAUUCCAGUCGGGCGUAUUUUGGACACGCCCCCGGAAGUUCAUUCAGAAAACACAUUGAGUGCAGUAUUAUCGGAUUUGUUAUUAUUAUUUUAUUUUAUUUUUUUGUAUUUUAAAAAUGACACUAAAAAUUUAGAACAAAAUGGCCACAAAACGCAAAAUAGAGAUAAUUGUCCCUGCCGAGGAAAGCGACCAGCUCCUGAUUCGUCCACUCGGUGCUGGGCAGGAGGUUGGGCGGUCAUGCAUUAUCCUGGAGUUCAAAGGAAGGAAAAUUAUGCUGGACUGCGGCAUUCACCCUGGAUUGGAGGGGAUGGACGCUCUCCCAUACAUAGAUUUGAUUGACCCAGCUGAGAUAGACCUGCUGCUGAUCAGCCACUUCCACCUGGAUCACUGUGGAGCUCUGCCCUGGUUCCUCCAGAAGACCAGCUUUAAAGGGAGGACCUUCAUGACUCAUGCCACUAAAGCCAUCUACCGCUGGCUCCUAUCAGACUAUGUUAAAGUCAGUAACAUCUCGGCAGACGACAUGCUUUACACUGAAACCGACCUGGAGGAGAGCAUGGACAAGAUAGAGACAAUCAACUUCCACGAGGUCAAAGAGGUGGCUGGGAUCAAGUUUUGGUGCUACCACGCUGGUCAUGUGCUGGGAGCUGCUAUGUUCAUGAUCGAAAUAGCUGGAGUCAAACUUCUGUACACAGGAGACUUUUCCCGCCAAGAAGACAGGCACCUCAUGGCAGCUGAGAUCCCCAGUGUCAAACCUGACAUCUUAAUCAUAGAAUCCACCUACGGCACUCACAUCCAUGAAAAAAGGGAAGAGCGAGAAGCUCGGUUCUGUAACACCGUCCAUGACAUUGUCAACAGAGAGGGUCGCUGUUUAAUCCCUGUGUUUGCUUUGGGACGAGCACAGGAACUGCUGCUUAUCUUGGACGAGUACUGGCAGAAUCACCCAGAGCUCCAUGACAUCCCCAUCUAUUAUGCUUCUUCCCUGGCCAAGAAGUGCAUGGCUGUGUACCAGACAUAUGUUAACGCAAUGAACGACAAGAUCCGCAAGGCCAUAAAUAUCAACAACCCUUUUGUCUUCAAGCAUAUCAGCAAUCUGAAGAGCAUGGAUCACUUUGAUGAUAUUGGCCCCAGCGUGGUGAUGGCGUCUCCGGGCAUGAUGCAGAGCGGGCUCUCCAGGGAGCUCUUUGAGAGCUGGUGCACCGACAAGAGGAAUGGAGUUAUCAUAGCCGGUUACUGCGUGGAGGGCACACUCGCCAAGCACAUCAUGUCUGAGCCCGAGGAGAUCACCACCAUGUCGGGACAGAAGCUGCAGCUAAAGAUGUCGGUGGACUACAUCUCCUUCUCCGCCCACACUGAUUACCAGCAGACCAGCGAGUUCAUCAGAGCCCUCAAACCGCCACAUGUGAUCCUGGUACAUGGGGAGCAGAAUGAGAUGGCGCGCCUGAAAGCCGCGCUGAUCAGAGAGUACGAGGAUAACGACGAAGUUCACAUCGAAGUCCACAACCCUCGCAACACUGAGGCUGUCACGCUGAACUUCAGAGGAGAGAAGCUGGCUAAGGUGAUGGGCUCACUGGCUGAUAAGAAGUGUGUUCAGGGUCAAAGGGUAUCAGGCAUACUGGUGAAGAAGAAUUUCAACUACCACAUCCUCAAUCCCUCUGACCUUUCCACGUACACAGAGCUGGCCAUGAGUACAGUGAAACAGACCCAGGCCAUCCCCUUCACUGGACCCUACUCACUGCUUGUCUGCCAUCUGAGGAAUCUCACAGGUGAUGUUGAAGAGCUGGACGGAACUGAGAAGAACACUUUGAAGAUCUUUAAAAACAUCACUCUAAUCCAAGAGGCCGGCAUGGUGCUGCUAGAGUGGAUAGCUAACCCUCUAAAUGACAUGUAUGCUGAUGCUGUCACCACCGUGGUACUGGAGGUGCAGUCCAACCCAAAGGCUCAAAAAGGUCAGCUUGGUUAUAUAGACCCAUAUAAAAGAUGGAUGUAGGUAAGAUGAAAUCGCACACUGGUUUGUUCACACACACUUUG